AUGCCAUUGCUAGUUUGUGAAACUGCUAAAGCAGACGCGACUCGGAACAAGUUAACCAUUGAUCAGGUGGACCUAAGAGAAAAGCGAAUUCUGAUCAGGGCUGAUUUCAAUGUGCCAGUGAAGGACGGGAAGAUUGUAAACAAUCACAGGAUUGUCGCCACGCUGCCCACGGUGAGGUUCGCGCUAGAGAAAGGCGCCAGGUCUGUGGUGCUGAUGUCCCACCUGGGCAAACCCGAGGGACGCCCGGAUUAUAAAGCCAGCAUGAAAGUGGUGGUUGCCGAGUUGAAAGUCACCUUUCUGGAAGACUGUGUAGGAGCCAAAGUUGAGGAGGUAUGCAUCAGUCCACCUCACGGGAGCGUGAUACUGCUGGAGAACUUGCGUUUUCACCUGGAAGAAGAGGGCAAAGGUCGGGAUGCGCUAGGCAACAAGAUCAAAGCAGAUGAGCAUUCGAUAGCCACCUUCCGAGCGUCGCUGUCGAAACUGGGCGACGUGUUCAUCAAUGACGCCUUUGGGACGGCACACGAGCCGUACAGUUCCAUGGUCGGCAUCAACCUGCCGCAGAGGGCUGCCGGCUUUCUCUUGAAGAAGGAGCUGGAUUUCUACAUCAGCGCACUGCAGAAUGCGGUUAGGCCCUUCCUGGUCAUUCUCGGCGGGCAGAAGGUCUCCGACAAGGCUCGCCUGAUCGAGAAUCUUCUGGAGAGAGUGGAUGAGAUGAUCAUCGCCGACGCCAUGGCCUUCACGUUCCUCAAGGUGAUGUACGGCAUGGAGAUUGGAAACUCGGCGUUCGACGAGGAAGGCGCCGUGUUCGUGAACAAGUUGGUGGAGAAAGCCAAACAAAAAAAUGUCCAGCUGCACCUGCCGUCCGACUUCAUCACUGGCAACAAGUUUGCCGAGGAUGCCAAGACUGCCACGGCGUCCGUGGCAACCGGGAUUCCUGAAGGCUGGAUGGGUUUUGAUGUGGGCUACAAAACCAAUGAGGAAUUUACAAAUGUUAUUGAGAGGGCUAGGACUAUUUGCUGGAACGGCCCGCCCGGUGUAUUUGAAUUCGACAAUUUUUCCAUCGGAUCCAAGCAAAUGAUGGACGCCGUUAUCAGGGCAACACAGAGAGGCGCCAUCACUAUUCUAGGCGGCGGUGACACAGCGGCUUGUGUGAAGAAAUUCAACACAGAGGAGAAGGUCAGUCACGUGAGCACGGGGAACACAUCGAGUCUGAAACUACUGGAAGGUAACGUCUUGCCAGCCGUGGAAGCCCUCAGUCCAGCGCUAUAA